AAUGUUCGUUUGUAGCGGGCCUUUUCCCUCCACUUCCAGAAGAAACAUCAAAAUCAUCCAAGUUUUCCUCAAUCGGUUCUCGUUUUAAGCUACAACUACAAUCUUUAAUGGACACAUUAAAUUCUACGGAACCUCACUACAUCCGAUGUGUAUAGCCGAACAACCAACUUAAACCUGCUAUAUUUGAGAAUGUCAAUGUCAUGCAACAACUUCGCUGCGGCGGUGUUCUAGAGGCAAUCAGAAUCAGUAUGGCCGGAUAUCCAACUCGAAGACCUUUCUUUGAAUUCAUUAACCGAUUUGGGCUUCUUUUUCCGGAGGCUUUGGAAGGAAACUACGAUGAAAAGGUUGUGUGCCAAAAGAUUUUGGACAAGGCCGGACUUCAAGGAUAUCAGAUAGGCAUAACAAAGGUCUUUCUAAGAGCUGGUCAGAUGGCAGAACUGGAUGCAAAGAGGGCAGAAGUACUAAACUCUGCUGCCAAAAUCAUACAGCAUACCAUUUUCAGUUGAUGACCUAUCAAAGUCAAUGGAACAAAUAGACAUCGCAGACAUCGAACCACCGCCACUCAUUCGUGAGAACAUAGGCUUUAGUUUCUUACUGCCACGUUCGGAUUAAUCCAACCGGGAUAUCUUCUCCGUAUC